GAAUCCAUAUUUUAAUUUUUUUUGGUUUUGUUUCUUCUUCUCUGGUUUAAUAAUCUGGGCUUGGUUGUUGGUUGUGAUCGUUUGAAAGAAGCCAAAAUUCCUUUAUUUUGUUCUCCACAUUUAUAAAUAUGCGAUCAUCAUCAAAUCGAAAUAUUUCGAUGAAUUCAACAAAUCAAAAUAACAACAACAAUUCAAACAAUAAAAAAGAUACGAAUGUUAAAUUCGUUCGAUCCGAACCAGUAUCACCAUUAUCAACAACCAAAACAUUAACAUCAUUAUCAAUUUCAUCAUUACCAUCAUCAAUAUCAACGACAUCAUCAUCAUCAUCAUCGACAUCAUCAAAACAAUCAUCUCAUGAAAAUUUAUUUGAUCGUAUUAAGAAAGCCUGUUCAGUUGGUAAAUCAAAUAAAUCAUUAUUGUUAUCAACAACAUCGAUAUCCACUUUAUCCACUUCAUCACCACCGAUAACAACAACAACAACGUCAAUGAACGCUAAAAAUCAACAGCAACAAAUCCUCAAUACAAAUAAUAACCAAAAUGGUUCCAUAACGGGUCAACAACAACAACAACAAACUGUAUCAACACAGACAAUUCAAUCACAUUAUCAACAACAACAGCAACAAACAACUAGUCCAUUGACCAAUACUGAUUCCAAACAACAACAAUUAUAUUCAACACAAUCGAUACCAGAUUUUUCAUUAACAAAUUAUCAUUAUCGUCAUAAUGAUAAUGUUAUGAAUGAACAACAACAACAACAAUCAUCAUUAUUAUUAUCAUCAUCAGCUGGUAAAUCAACAAGUGAUUCAAGUCUUUAUUAUAUCAGUGGUGGUGGUAAUAAUGGCAAUUCAAUUCAAAUUGAUACAAAAUUAAAUAAUGAAAAUGAAAAUAAUAAUGAUAUAAAUGUUGGUCCAAUUAUAACCGGUGCUGUACAAAAAUUACCAUCAUCAGCUUGUUCACCAUCAAAACAAUUAUUGAAUAGUCUUUUGUUUCAGAAUACAUUUCCAGCAUCAAUUGAACAACAAAAACAACAACAUUCACCAUCUUUUCAUCGUAUUAUUCCACCGCAACAGCAAAAUUCUUUAAAUAAUCAAUAUCAAUUUGGUAAAAUUCAAACAAAAUCAAAUUUAAUUGGUAAUAAUCGUUCAGUAUCAACAUCAUUAUCAUCAUUUGGUACAGCAAUAGCAACUGUAGCACCAUUUGAUCGUGCAACAAGUGCAUUACCCGAAUCACCACCAACAACAAUUUCAAAUAUUCAUCAUCAUUAUCAUAAUCAUCAUCAAAGAAAUUUAUCAUUAACAAAUAAUAAAAUGAUUAAUGCUCAAAUUGAACAGCCGAAAAAUACUCAUGUUCCUGGAUCAACAGCAACAACAACAACAACAACAACAUUAUUGACAUCAAGGGUCACACCAAUCAUACAGCAUAAUAAUGUUAUUGAUGAUAAUAAUGACAUUGAAAAUAAUGAUGAUAAUGAUCAUAGAGUUGAUAAUGAUGAUGAUGAUGAAUUUGAUCAUUCAUCACCAAUGUCAUGUUCACCAUCAUCAUCAUCAUCAUCAUCAUUAUCACCAACAAGUAAUAAUAAUAUUAAUUUACAAUCAUUAAAUAAUUAUCAAUCACCACCACCACUACUACAACAACAACCGAUCAAAAUAGCAACUGUACAAUAUUGUCAACGUUGUUGUGUCCAUUUACCAAAUUCAUCAUCAUCAUCAUCAUCAUCAACAGCAUUGACUAAUGAACCAUCAUCAUCAACAUCAACAUCAAAAAUCGAUACAAUUGUCGAUAGUAAAUUGUUAUUGAAUAAAAAACAACGACAAAUUGAUUAUGCGACAACAGCAAGUAAUAUGAUGAUACAUCCAACAACAGCAAUCAAUACGGUUAAAUAUGUUAAAAAUAAAUCCAAAACAAGAAGUUUAAAUCGUAAUCAAAUUAAAUGUUCAUGUAAUAAUCAUCAACAAAAUAAUAAUAAUAAUUUAAUUAAUAAUAAUAACCGAAAUAUGGGAAAAGUAUUAUUACCACUCCAAUUGGAUAAUGAUAAUUUUUCUAAUCAUCAUCAAUCAAUAAUAUCGACAACAACAACAACAACAAUAAUGGCAACAACAACAACAACAAUGGCUACAGCAACAACAACAAACGAAUCAAUUAAUAAUCAAAAAUCAAUAAAUAAAGAUAAUUUUAAUCAUCUUGAUGGCCAAUAUUAUCAUCAACGUAAUAAUAAUUCAUUAUGUAAUAAAAGUAGUGGUAAUGCUGCUUCUACCGCCGCUGCUAGUGAUAAGGAUGUUGUUUAUCUUAAUAAUAAUCUCAAUGCUUGUACAACAACGAACCACGAUAAUAAUAAUUUCAAAAAUCAGAAUAAUGAAUUUGUCAAUAAUCAACAAUAUAUUCUACAGAUUGAACGAGAAAAAUUGGAAUUACAAAAACAGUUGAUUACAUUGGUACAGAAUGCUGAUUCAAAACGAUUAGAAAUUGAACAUUUACAAAAAGAAUUGAAACAAUUGAAGAAAAAAUAUAAUUCAGAAAAAACUCGACAACAACAACAACAACAGCCAAUCGAAUUGAAAUCAACAUUAUCGUUAGAGGAUUCCGUAUUGGAAAAAGAAUUACAAAAUGAUGUGGAUGAUGAAACAAUGCCCGUUUCAAAUAUUGAAAAUGAUGAUGAUGGUGAACAAUCAGAAAUGAUUAAUGAAUUGGAUUUGAUGGCAAUUCCAUCAUCGACCACAAUUAUUGGUGAACCAUCAUCAACAUCGAACAAUAACAUUAUUGAAUGGGAUAAACAAUCAUCAUCAUCAAUAUCAGAAUUAUCUGUUGCCAAUCUACAAGAUCGAAUCAAUCAAAUGGAAGAAACACAUUAUUCAACAUCGGAAGAAUUACAGGCAACAUUACAAGAAUUGAAUGAUUUACAAGAACAAGUAAUGGAUCUACAAAAAUCAAAUGAAUUAUUGCAACAUGAUAAAAAUUUUCUAUUAGAAACAUUAUGUGAACAGACAAAAAAAUUGGAUAAUUGUAUUGUACGUAUUGAACAAUUUCAACAAAUGAUAAUUGAUCAAUAUGAUGAUGAAACGAAACAUAAAUUAUUAUCACCAUCCGAAAGGGAAGAAAAAUUGGUUGAAAUGUUAAAAUUUAUGCAUGAAGAAAAAACUGAAUUAGAAAUUAAACAUGAUGAAUUAGUUUAUAAAUUAGAAGAAAUGAAUACAAAAUCAAAAUUAGAUGCAAAUAAUUUAUUUGAAUUUGGAUUAUUAUUUAAAUCAUCUACAAAUACCAAAGAAUCUACAGCAAUGAUGAUGACCGAUCAUGAACAAAAAGAUAUUUGUCUAAUCGAUCAACAUCAUCAUAAUGAUAAUGAUAAUCUAGUCGAAUCUACAUCAAUGAUUGUAGCAAAUAAUUCAUCACAAUCAUCAUCAUCAUCAAAUAAUGUUGAAUCUUUACAACAAGAUCAAUCAAAUAAACAGCAAAAAAUGUUAGCCAAAUUACAUAAUGCAAAAUCAUUACAAGAAAUAUCAAUGCCAACAACAGGUUCAUUUCAUAGUCUUGAUGGUUUAACAAGUAAAAAUUCCAGUUCAACUGAAGAAACAAUUGAAAUGUUACAAUUUUUGGUUAAACAAUUACAAGAUAGAAUAUCAACACGUGAAUUAGAUUUGAAAAAACUUAAAGAUCAACUUAUUCUGUUAGAAGUUGAAAAGAAAGAAGAAUAUGUAAAAUUAGAAAUACAAUUGAAAAAUUUAGAAAAUCGAAAUAAAGAAUUAAAUGAACGUAAUGAAGAACUAUAUCAAAGACUUAAGACAACUGAAGAAGCAAAAAUUGAAUCAGAAAUUCGUGCACAAAAAAAUCUGGAUGAAAAACGAGAAAUACGUUCAUUAUUGGAGGAUAAAGAUCGGCGAUUAGCCGAUUUGGAAAUGAAAUUAUCAACAAAAUGUAAAGAACUUUCCGAACUGGAAGAUAAACGUGAUCUUGAACAUUCUGAAUGGAAACAAUUUCAACAGGAUUUAUUGACUACUGUACGUGUUGCAAAUGAUUUUAAAUUGGAAACAUUAGCCGAAUAUAAAGUAUUAUUGAAUGAAAAGAAUAUGAUUGAAGAAAAAUUAAAUCUACUUGAAUCUGAAUUACAAAAAUAUCGUCAGGAAAAUAAAAAACUUCAUCAUCAACAACAACAACAACAGCAGCAAUAUUCACGUUCCGGUGUCGCAGUUGAUCCAGUAUUGCAAUCUUCGUCCAAUAGUGUAAAUGUCACAUCUAAUGUUGGACAAAAUUCUUCGGGAUCAUCAUCAUUAACAAAAACAAUUAAUGAUUCAGUAACGGUAGCUACAGUUAAACCAAUGGUAACAAAAUCACAACAACAACAACAAUCAUCAUCAUUGUCAUCAUCAUCAACAUCAUCUUCGUCAUCAUCAUCAUUAUCAUCACCAAAAACAUCAUUAUUAACAAUAAUUCAAAAUUAUGAACCAAUUUCGAAUGGAUCGACAAUUAGUCAUCAAAAUAAUACAACUGGUGGCCGAACAUUAGCGCGUAGCAAUAGUAGCCAGAUUUCUGUUCGAAGUUUGAUUGAAACUUUUGAUCCGAAUAGUAAACAGCAACAAACAUCACAACAGCUUAUUUCACCAUCAUCAACACAAUCAUCCAAUACAAUUACAUCGAAUGGUACUACAACUAACGGUUCAUCUGUACCACCAUUGUGCAAUCGAUCCAAUUCAGUACCGAUACUUGGUCAUAAUGAUCUACUUAUACAACGACAUUUACGUCAAUUUGUUAAUGAAUCUAAUGGUAAUGGUGUUGUUGCACCAUCACCAUCGCCUGAUCACCAAAUUCAUCGAUCUUCGGUGACUAAAACUUCUACAAAUUCUUCCGAUCGUACCCCUUCAUCAGUAUUCGUUUUGAAAGAUUCAAAUGGAAAUAAAAUUGAUUCUAUUAGACCAAGAGCAUUGUUCAGUGAAAUGAGUGAUGGAAACAAAAAAGAUCCACUGACUUUAUUGGUACGUGGUGGUGGCUCUAGACGAAAUGCUCUACUUAAAUGGUGUAAAAAUAAAACGCUCAACUAUCGUGACAUUGAUAUUACGAAUUUUUCAUCAUCAUGGAAUGAUGGUAUGGCAUUUUGUGCCAUUUUACAUACAUAUUUACCCGAUAAAAUACCCUACGAAACUUUAAAACCGGAUGAUAAAAAACGUAAUUUUACGAUUGCAUUCAAAGCAGCCGAAUCGGUCGGUAUACCGACAACGUUGGAUCUCAACGAAAUGUUAGCACAGGAACGACCUGAUUGGCAUAAGAUUAUUGCCUAUGUUACAUCAAUCUAUAGCCAUUUUGAAACAUAACAUUUUUUUAUAUUUUUUUCAAAAUCUUUUUUUUUCACUUGAAAUUUCAAACAUAAAAUUAAACUAUGAUAUUAUAUAGA